AUGCCCGAUACGCUGAGCUCUAUGGACGACCGCCGUCGCAGCUGGACCUCCUUAGCGUCUGGAGGUCCAGGCUUUAGGCCUAGGUCACCGUUCUCAAAGGUUUUUUCGAGUUCGAGAUCACGUUCGUCGUCGGUCUCGUCGGAUUCUACGAGUUCUUCGCAGGAUAGUCCGAGUCCGAGCGAGUCGCCGAUGGCACAGACCCUUCUACCGCCAUUCUAUAAUCGACCCCCUACGCCAUUGCCUCCGUCUCCGUCUCUUACAUCACUUCUUCGGCCUCCCUUUACACCUUCUCGUCCUGCGACACCGGACUCGUCGGAUAGCGAAGCUGCAAAUUCAAGCCGAAUAGCUCAGUCUACGCCAAGAGCUGCUCCGAAAGUACCAACCUACGAGUACUAUGGCUUCGUAUUAUACCUAACGAGCACGUUGGCAUUCAUGGUGUACCUGCUAUGGUCCUACCUUCCAGCUCCGGUUCUCCACUAUCUCGGAAUUCACUACUUUUACAACAGAUGGUGGUCAUUGGCGGUUCCAGCGUAUAUAGUCGCCAUAAUUCUAUACAUAUACGUGGCUUUGGCAUCUUACAACACGGAGUACAUGACAAAGCCCUUUACAUCCCUAGAGAAUAUUGUGGAUGAAGUGGCAAAGAUGGCUAUCGUCGAGAUCGAUGAAAGCAAACACCGGAAAUUCUUGAGAGGGGUGGAUAUGCAGGGUGAAGGAUAUGAAUCUAGCGGACUGCCUACCCCCGCGCGGUCUCGUCGAUCAAGUAGUAGUGCCGCUUACCAGCAGAAAACAUGGGAGUCUCUCGAUGAUGUUGUAGAACGGACUAUGCAUCCAGAUGGGGGACUUACAUCCCCCUCUACAUGCGGAGAGAAUCAUUCACCGAUUGAUAAAGUUUCUGGUUCUAUGAGUCGGAGAAAGAAGAAGCGGAAAAGCAAGAUGUUAUUUGGCAACCAAGUCAAAAUGCCAAAGGAGGAAGAGUAUGAAUUUAACAUUUCAAAUCAAGAACAGGCGGAUUAUCAAGAUGAAAGCUGGGACUGGAAGGAUUACUGGAGUACAGGAACUGAUGCAGUGAUGGAUAUACCCAUUGGUGGCGUUUGUGAAGUGCUUUAUGGAGAAGGGAGAGAUGACACAGACCCACUGAGACUUGAUCCCUAUUACUACUAG